GCUGCUGGGAGAGUGAAAGAACUGAUACUCUCACUGACUCGGUCGCCUGGACAACCAGGCACAGAGGAGGGAGGGAAGAGAGAAAGAGAAAGGCAGAAAGGGAGAAAACAAAAAAUGAUGAUAGACAAGACUUAUUAAGCAAAUUAAAGAUCUCAUAAAUCUUGUGUAGGAGAGGCUGUUCUGAGGUGCAGUCGCUCUCCCUCGUGCAGCUAGAGUACUAUGAAAAUAAAACGGAUCAACAGAGAAAAUUAAGAGAGCAUCUGGAGAACAAGUUUGAAAUGAAAUUGUUCAGCAUAGGUUUGCAUCCUCAGAAGAGGACCCCAUAGGGCUGCACAUCCCAUCAGAUCAUACCUCUACUCAUCAAGCUCAGGUGCUGCCAUGGACUUAGAAGACGAGCCGUUGUUAUUCCAGAGCAGCUGGGAUGCUGAGGAGGAAGAGGAGCAGGACGAGGAAGAUGGGGAGUCCGAUACACAGAUUAAUGGGGGGAGCAGCACCACUGGAGGCAGCAUAGUGUGGGGGGCGGUGGGCUGGGUCUACACACAGCCCUGGGUGAGUGGGGUGGUCCUGGGAGUUGGAGUCUUUCUUCCCUGUGCCCUCUCUGCCUACAUGUUCCUAUACUGCCCCCCAUUGGACAUAGACCUUUCCUACAGUGCCUUUGAGGUUCACAGCCACUUCUCCGCUGAGCGGUUUGAUGCACUCACCAUUGCCAUAAAGACUCAGUUGGGGUCCUGGGACAGACGCAGGCGUGACGUGAACCACUAUGACUUCACUGCUCUACAGGAGCUGCUGUUGGACAGACUGGGUAGGCAGGGAGAUGAAGCAUCCAACUGGACAUCACACGGGGGGCUGAAUUCGAAAUCUCUGAAAAACCACACGUUCAAAAGAGUAGUUAUGCAACAGAGAGGAGUUGCCCUGAGUCAGCAAGAGACUGAGAGGCAUAUAGAGGCAAGGGCUGGUAAAGCAAAGAUAAGAGAGGAGGAUAAAAAUACAACUAACUUAGGAAAAUCUGAGAGUCAUGAGUCCAAAGGGGAAGAGGGCGACAGAGACAGUGAGAGAUCUCGCACUAGGAUGCGCAGGUUUGCUCCCAACUACUCAUACCUGCAGAGCCAAGCCCUGUGGAGGAUGGAGCUGGUGUUUGUAGCUCAGGGUGGGGGGGACAACAACAUCUUCACCCCAGAGCGUCUCCGCACCAUCCACCACAUAGAGCACCUGCUCAUGCAGCACCCCCAGUUCCACCAGUUCUGUUGGAAGCCUCUGGAGGUCCUGAGAGACCUGCCCCUGGGUCCCUCCUACUGCUCCCCUCCAAGCUCCCUCCUCUCCUACCUCUUCCCCAGUGAACGGGGAGGCAGGAUCUACUAUGAUGGCAUGGGACCUGACCUGGCUGACAUCCAUGGUGCUCUGAGUCUAGCGAUUACCCACCCACAGUUCUACUGGUAUGUGGAUGAGAGUCUGGCCCCUGACCGGCUCUCCUCCUCUCUUCUGCGCAGUGAGAUCCAAUUCGGAGCUCCGCUGCCCUCAUACUACUCCCUCCAGGACCGGCCUGAGGAGCAGAGACAGCGCUUCAGGAACUUUGUGGUUCAGUACGCUGACAUCCUGGCUCAGCAGUCCACCAGCCAGGUGAAGGUGCUGUAUGGGGGCACAGAGCUGUUUGAUAACGAGGUGAGACAGACCUUCCACAGAGACAUGUUGCUGGCGCUGAUCAGUGGGGGCUGCAUCACUCUACUGGUCUAUGUCCUCACCUCCUUCUCAGUGUUCCUGACAUUCUUUGGGCUCACUAGCAUUGGUCUGAGCUGCCAGGUGGCUCUCUUCCUCUACCAUGUGGUCUUUGGGGUGAGAUACCUUGGCAUCCUCAAUGGAGUUGCAGCCUUUGUGAUCAUUGGCAUUGGUGUGGAUGAUGUGUUUGUGUUCAUCAGUACCUUCAGACAGGCUUCCCACUUGGUCCACCCGGUGCAGAGGAUGAUGUACACAGUGAAAACUGCUGGCCGAGCCACCUUUCUCACCUCCUUCACCACCGCAGCUGCCUACGCUGCUAACACCUUCUCACAGAUUCCGGCAGUGCAUGACUUUGGCCUGUUCAUGGCCCUCAUUGUCAGCUGCUGCUGGCUCUGGGUGUCCAUCCUCAUGCCCGCUGCCCUGUGUAUCUGGACCCAGUGUGUUGACCCCCAGGAGAACACCUGUCUCAAGUGGUGGAAAGCACUUACAGGACUGUCAGUUAGUCACAGUCCUUUGUCAGAUGAGGAUGAAGAUGUGGCCCUCCUGUCGGUGGAGAUGGAGCCAGGCUCCUGUGACACUGAUGUAGAUGCAGCCAUUUUGUCCCUGUCAGUGGAGACCUCGCUCUCACCCCCAGGGCGGGGGACUGCAGGCGUGGUUAGCGCUAACCUUCAGUGGGCUCUGAGGCACUGGGUGGCAGAGCCAGCCGUGGAGAAACGCAAAGUCAUUCUAGGCAUCUACAUCCUGGUUCUGCUGCUGUCUGCUGGGUGCUGCUGCCUCCUGCGGCCGGCUACUCAUGCCCCGUUACUAUUUCGCCCAGACACCAACCUCCAGACUCUACUGGGACUGAGGAACAACCUCAGUGCCCAGGGCAUCUCUUGCCACAUGUGCUCUGGUCUGUUCAUGGAGAAACCACAUCUUCUGCACAGCCCUACCCAUACAACCCCCUCCAUGCCUGGGUUUCACACUCAGCAACAUACACAGAGCCCUUCAAACUCAACUCUACAAAGCCCAAUCACACCAAGCAUAUCCUCCAUCACAACAGGGCCUCUGUUGACAGUGUAUGUCUCUAAGCUGGAUGUGGGUGCUUCUAUCACUCUGUACCGCUUCUCUCUGAAUACCAGCGUGCCAUCGCCCUGGAAAAGCCUCAGUGCCGGGCAAGGAGAAAUUCCAUCCUUUCAGGCAUACAGUGGACCUCACAGCAACUUCAGCACCCACAUGACUGUGUGUGUGUCCCGUGUGUACCACCCCCACCCUCGCUGGAUGAUCACUUCCCAGUCAUGUGAUCCACGCCACGGCUGGAGGUCAGAGUUCAGCUUCUAUGUGGCAUCGGCUGAGCAGCAGCACAGCAGGAGGUUGUACUUUGCCCAGCACAAGCUGAGUCCUCAUCCCAGCCGAGUGUGUGCAGAACCACCUGGCUGUGUGAUCAGCUCCGGGCCUGACGGACCCACAAAGGGCUCUUUCUACAUUCCACUGCCCACAGAUUCCACCUCAACCAAAAGGUCCAAGACUUCUGGUUUUAACCCCUGUAGUGGAGGUGGCUGUGGCCAGCCAGCAGUCCGUCCUCUGGUUGACACUGGUGCGAUGGUGUUUGUGGUUUUUGGAAUACUUGGAGUCAACCGCACCCAACGAACAGACAACCACGUCAUUGGGGACAUGGGUAGUGUGAUAUUGGAUCCAAACUUCGAUAUCUUCCAAGAGAUUGGACACCUCUGCCAAAUCUGUAAAGCUAUCAGUGCUAAUAAACAGCUUGUGAAGCCGGGAGGAGCCCAGUGUCUACCGUCAGGCAACAAGCUUUCUUCUAUCCUGCCCUUACUCAACCCAGACUGCCACUCCCUCCCUGAGCCCAACCUUCUGCCAGGCCAGCUGUCCCAUGGGGUCGUGGGGACGCAUGGUGGCAGAGUAAGCUGGCUCUCCAUGGCCUUUGAGUCUACCACCUACAAGGGGAAAUCCUCUUUCCAGACACACUCAGACUUCCUCCAAUGGGAGACCUUCCUACAAGAGCAGCUCUCGACUCUCCCAGAGUCCUCUGCUCUACGGAGAGGUUUCCAGACCUGUGAGCACUGGAAGCAGAUCUUUAUGGAAAUCAUAGGUGUCGAGAGCGCCCUCUGCAGUCUGCUCCUGUCCCUGGCCAUCUGUGUGGCAGCUGUGUCUGUUUUCACUGCCCAUCCGCUUCUGCUACUGCCAAUACUCCUCACCAUCCUGGGGGUCAUCUGUCUGGUGGUGGCCAUCAUGUACUGGCUGGGCUGGGAGUUGGGGGCUGUGGAGGCCAUCUCUCUGUCCAUCCUUGUGGGCUCCUCAGUGGACUACUGCCUGCACCUGGUGGAGGGCUACCUGCUAGCUGGGGAGACCAUACCAGCCACAUCAGGACACACUAUGAGCCUGUCAGCUAAAAGGCAGAGAAGGUCCCUAGAUGCAGUAAACCACGUGGGAGUUGCCAUUGUGUCCAGUGCUGUCACCACCGUGAUCUCCACAGUCCCUCUCUUUUUCUGUGUCAUCGUGCCUUUUGCUAAGUUUGGCCAGAUUGUGGCCAUUAACACAGCAGUGUCCAUCUUGUUUACCCUGACUGUGACUGCAGCCAUGUUGGCCACCAUGGGCCCUGCCAACUUCAACAGGCCUCCUGGUGCCGUGCUGAAGGCCAGCCUGGCAGUACUGGGCACCACAGCCUUUGGGGCUGCCCUGUGCUGGGCAGGAGGGCAACUAGGACCAGUCACCUGGCACACAGCAGUCACCAUGUGACCCCACAAACAUAACACAACUACUACUGUCACUGUUACCUCUGUAAGCAGAACCAAAAGGCUCGGUCUAAACAUCAGUGUAGUAUUGUUCUAUAAAUGCAGGUGGAAGGUUUCAGAUGUACGUAAAAGCAUCUUGUGGAAGUAGAUAUUUCUUUGUGUGGAUGAUUUAAAGUUUAAUCAUUUUUUUCCCAAAAGAACAGAACAUAGUCUGUUGAGAAUAGGUAGUCUGCAGGACAUGCUUUGGUUUCUGUGGAUGCAGCCUACUGCUGAAAGGAGAUGACACAAUGGUAACGAAAUACUGGUUGAGUCCACAUUGUACUAUUGUCCACGUUAUUCUGUUCCUGACUGUAAAAUCACUGACUGUUCUCUGACCUGCUGUUGUUAGCACUGACCUCAUCUCUGGCAGUUUGAAACCACACUUUGAGGUCCAAAAAGACAGGUAUUGUACCAUAAACAAAUGCAAGCCA